AACGAUAAGCGAAAAUAUAUCCCAGCAUUCGUAUGAUCCGCUCAAAACCAAACACUGAACCGAGGUCAGAACAUGCACCUUCAGCUACUCGGAAUAACUAUUCUUCUACGGAUCGGAUCUGGUAGAUCCGAACCCUAUCCCGCUGAAAACACACUUUCAAGUGAUUCGUCUGACGAACAGUGCGAACCGCGUAUCGUCAACGGAACAAAUGCUAGCUCCGGUGAUUUUCCAUUUGUGGUGUCACUUCGUAAAAAUGGAAGUCACUUCUGUGGUGGAACAAUUGUUACGAACCGUUGGAUCAUGUCCGCUGCCCAUUGCUUUCCCUACAAUGUACCUUUCAGUAAGGUGGAAUCGUCGGUGCAAGUUGGAAGAACGAAAAUAGCAAGGAAAUUGGACGAAUCAGUUCACUCCAUCCAGGGAGUUAUCACACAUCCUCUGUACGAUCAAAGCAAUAGUAUGAUGAACGAUAUUUGCUUAGUUCUGCUGGUCAGUCCGUUGAAGUUCUCGGGUUAUGUUCAACCGGUGCCGCUGCCUCCGGUUUGCAGUGAAGCCGACGACAAUCGAAGAGUUACGGUGGUUGGUUGGGGAAUAACUGAGAACGAGGGUAAACCAUCUAAAAUUCUGCAGAAACUCGAUUUGCAAGUUAUUACCAAUAAAGAGUGUAGCUCCCGUCAUCAAGCAGUUAUUCACGACAGUCAAGUUUGCGCUGAUUCGCAAGGAGGCGGGAAGUCGGAGUGCAAAGGCGAUUCUGGAGGUCCGCUAAUGCACAACGGAGUGCAGAUCGGGAUCGUGUCGUGGAGUUUGAAACCCUGUGGCAGACCAAUGCCGGGAAUUUUUACGAAAGUUUCGCAAUAUAUAAAGUUUAUCUAUAUGUAUACGGAUCUGGCACUAAGCGAUGUAACAUUUUCAACAUGCUCUCGUUUUAAUAAAGAAAUUUGCACGAAAUGCUUGAGCCUGAUGACGACAUAUAUUAAGUUGUAUUUGAUAAAUCCGAACUAUAGGUCAAAUAAGAUCAUCCACUCGGAAGGAAAGCUUUAGUUGCCUUCAAGAAGUUUCUAGCAUUAAUAUUUCAAAAGAGUAAUUUUGUCACGGGUUCUGAAUAAAACGCCGACGUUUUGUAAUGAACCCAUACAUAUUACACUUGAGGUUGGCAAAACUGUAUUAUCGUGCAACAUGAGACCAAUCUAUGUCGCCAUUCACCUCCGAUACAGAACUCCUAUUCCUUACCUCCCCGCGGUGCCAACCGAGGUACAGGUCUCCUUUUGCCAUUUUUGCUUAAACUCGGGACUGGAUCGGGUUCUAUCCCCAACUGCUGUCAAUUCGUUCACUUCGACAGGUGCGACACGUGCGUGAACUGCUAGUGUAUCCGUCUUGCAGAGUGUAUCUUUCGGUACAGUUAAUGGUUAUUUUGAGCAGCUCAAAAUUAUUUCUUGGUUUUCUUUUGUAAGUUCGGUUUGUAUACAACCUUCGAUUAAUAUUUUCUCUCAAUAAAUAGUUGUUCGGAAAUCAGCCCCAAUAAGAGCUCAAUCUGACUAGUAUUGAUGAUCAAUGGCCAAUACGUACUUAAAAUCCGUGGCGUCUGUUUUUAUGAAUCUAACGAUCCUUUGUAUUUCCCGUCAAUGUUCGAUAUUACCGUUCGUAUAAUUUCACAAGCAAUCUGAUUUGGAAUAUAUGAAACACUUUCCUUGUUUUAUAACAUCUCAAGCUAUCAUAACUCUGUCUGUACAACGUGCCACUCGGUAGUUUUCAACCCAAAAAAAUAUAUCGAACAGAAGAAAUAGCGAAUUCUGUCCAAAUACUGUUGCAAUAGAUAGUGAUCCUGCCCAUUACGCAGAUAAGAUAAACUUUCCUAGGCAAUACUCCCACGGUCGGCUGUGUGGAGUUCAAAUUGGUUUUGUUUAGAAAACACGAUACUCUAGGCAGCCGGCUACCCACAGUUUAAAAAGAACUUUUGGUUCUAAAUAAGAUUUUUUUCUUUUUCGAGUGAUCAUGUACUCGAAAACCAACUAAACUACUACCUAAUAAACCAUGGUCGCAUCGCUUGCUUGGAGCGAAUCCUAGACCAUAUACCCUUCCAAACGACCAACUCCGCGACACCUAUGGAAGAGUCUGAUGAGUCGUCUACCUUCAGUUACCUUACCCGUGAAUGAUGGAGAUGGGGGCGGCCGGCAAUUAUGGCUAUCAUGCUGUUGAUGUUUUAAUAUGGGUCGGAAUGGCAUGAAUUCCUGCUUACCACUUCCUAAGCAACUCUUAUUUGAUAACCAGCAGUCAAACAUGAUGAAGUCAGUGUGCAAUCCGCCAAAAUCAUCGUCACAACGCAACGCAACGAACCCACACAUAUUUCACUUGACAUCGAGUGAAGUGUUUCUACUACGGAAUAACUUUUGUAAAAUUUUGGUACUCAUCCUCUACAGGGUUUCAUAGGCCUCGAGUUUGCAGUAUGUAAGAAUCAUAUGUAUGGCAAGUAUACAUCUGUUCCGAACACUUCAAGCGCUGAUGUAUUCUACGCUUCCAGUUUUUUUGCCUUUUGCUCUGAAAUCUUGUUAUCAGAUGCCAACCAUUGCUCUCGCCGACGACGAUAGUCGUAUUUUGGGGCGCGACGCUGUUCAUUCGGGAUACCUCGAAUCCCACACCAAAGUCGACCAGGCAACCGUGAGCCGUUCCGAUACUGUUCAUGGGAUUGACGAAAGGCUCUUCCUACACGACAACAUGGCUUCCCUCUCUGCUGUACCUGAUCCGUCCACCAAAAACAUCGAGCUUUACUACCAGAAUGUUGGUGGCUUAAAUUCAUCAACGAACUGCUAUUUGCUCACGACCACGGACCACCUUGACCGAGACGUGGCUCGACAACCGUACUCUGUCUCGCCAGGUCUUUGGUUCAACAUUCGAUGUCUACCGCUGUGACCGCAAUGCCCUUAGCAGCCACAAGACAUCAGGCGGUGGUGUGCUUAUCGCCGUUCGCUAUGGUAUAAAAGCCCGAGUAAUCAACGAUGAUCGGUGAGCGAGCUCCGAGCAAGUGUGGAUAUCAGUGAAACUUGCCGAACGCAAUCUGUUUCUGUGUACUCUGUAUUUUAUACUUGACAGAAUUCAUUAUUUCAGCCAGAUCGAUGUACAGCUUUCCUUCGUUUCCUACAUCACCUCGAUCGCCGUCCCAUCUGACGAAAUUGUUAUACUGGGCAAUUUCAACUUAUCUGACUUGACGUGGUGCCAGGCAAGUCUAUUACUUUUCUAAGAUUGGAUAUCGAAAAAUCUGCGCUUAUCAACAAUGCCAGUUGUAUUCUGGACAGCUACAGCAGGGCAACUCUUCGGCAAAUCAAUAAUGUCAUCAACGAGAAUGGACGUCCAUUAGACCUCAGCUUUGUAAGUGCCCGGGACUAGGCACCGUACAGCUGCACUGCUCCGACUCCUUUAGUUCAGCAGAUGCGUCUCCAUCCCCUAUUACAUCCUGUACUCGCUGGUAACUUUGAAGUGAAUUUUUUAAGACGUCUCAAGCUGUACCUAUCGUCUACAAUUUAAAAAAACGCAACUAUAAAGACGCGAACGAAGCAGCGAUGACGUUUUCUAAUAUUCUUAUCUACCGUCAUGUGCCAAUACGAACAAUUCGUACCAAUCAACACCCUCUCUGGCAAUCAACCGUCCUUUGCAGGCAUUGUAAUUCUCACUUACUCACGCGAGAAGAAGCUUAUCCGAUGUUCAACUUUUCCAAGAUAAGAUAAGUUGCAAAAUUUUUCGUCUCCACAAAUAGCGUGAAAAUAAUUUUCCGGAUAAAAUUUAUUUGAUUUUUUCCUUCUCACCGGAGAAGGUAUAUUUGAAAUUCGUGGAAAUCAAUAAAAGCGUCAAAAUUUACAUAUAAUUUCAAAGAAAGGCGGCAAAAAAGUACGAUAGACUUGUUUUUUCGUGGUUUGGAAUAGCGACAGCAAGGCAUCGAGUGCAAAAAGGAUACCGUGAUAAACUCAUUCGCUCAUUCUCCGGCGGUUUUAAUUAUCCGGAGUGCCAAUAACUUUGUGAAAAUGUGAGUUUUUAUUGUCGCAGUAGCAAAUUAUCCGGAUGUAUUUACUCAAAUGAGCUAUAAAUGCAAUGCCUGGUCCUUAGAUUAUUAAAAACUGCCAAACGAGGGGCAUUUGAAAAAUUCUCGAAAUAAUAUAAGACUUGCAUUAGGAAACCAUUACUUUUAACUCAACCACGAAUACAAACAGCAAAGCAGAUGCACCUUUUAAGACACCAGCGAAACGUCGAGCGUCCACAGAAAUCUACGCCCAAGUCGUUUUGGAAAUAUGUGAACGAACAACGAAAAGGAUCCGGCUCACCAUAUUGUAUGUUACUAAAUGGAGUUUUAGGCACCGACACUAAGAAAAUUUGCCAACUGUUCUCCGACAAGUUUUCAUCUUUUUUUUCAACGAGAGCCUUCCACAACAACAAGUCGCUGCCGCCACCAGCUUAACUCCUUCUCUAGGACGAACCAUCAACCGUAUUUGCGUCGAUCAUGCUGCCAUUCUUACAGCAAAUUCCAAGCUGAAAACAUCUAAUUCCCCGGGCUCAGAUGACGUUCCCUCGAUUGUUGUCAAAAAGUGCAUCAGCGGGCUUCUUGGACCACUUCGGCGAGUCUUCGUGCUAUCACUCAUUACUAGAACUUUCCCUUCCUGCUGGAAAGUAUCGGACAUGUUUCCAGUUCAUCAAAAAAGAUAAUUUUUGGGGAAUCUCAGGUAUCAAAACUAUUCGAGCUGGUUCUUUUAGACCCUAUUUUCUUUCACUGCAAACACUACAUUGCAGACGAACAACACGGUUUUAUGCCUAAAUGAUCGACAACGACCAACCUGGGGCGACAUUAUGGAACCAUUUCGAAUCGACUUUUUCUUACAAGCUUGCAUACAAUAAACCUUUCGUUUCGAGAUGCUCUCGUUCACAACAUAUGUACUCGAUGGAUUCGCUGACGGACUACAAACAUUGAUCUAUCUGCUGCGUUCGUUAAAAUCGACCAUGAUAUCGCAAUAGCGAAGUUGGACAAACUCGGUAUUCAUGGACAACAACGCUGGUUUCGUUCCUACCUCGAUGGAAGGCAACUCCAAAUUAGCAUUAAGGACUGUCUAUCUGUACCAUUCUUAGCUAAAUCCGGUAUCAUACAAGGAUGCUAUUUAGGUUCAGUAAUAUUUCUCCUCUACUUUAAUGACGUCAAUAUCAAAUUACACAAAUUACAAGGACCCCGCCUUUCUUUCGCCGACGACAAGAAUUUUUUUCGACAAAUACGGGAUAAAACCGAUGCCGAGCUUCUUCAGAGGGAACUGGAGAGCUUUACUACGUGGUGUGAUUUAAACAGAAUGGUUUUAAACCCGAGUUAAUGCUCAAUCGUUACGUUCACGCGGAAACGCCAUCCGACUCAGUUUAACUACCAUUUCUUCGACUCGAGCAUUCCAAGACAAUCUCACAUCAAGGAUCUCGGAGUCAUCAUGGAUUCGGAACUAACGAUCAAACAACAUACUUUAUACAUCGUAAAUAAGACGCUAAGACAGCUUGUGUUUAUAUUCCGAACAGCGAAAAACUUCAUAUACUGUCUUGAAUCGCUUUAUUGCGCGUUGAUCCGCUCAACGUUAGAAUAUCGUUCAGCUGUUUGGAAUCCGUACUACCAGAACGGGAUUGACAGAAUCGAGGCUGUCCAAUGCCGGUUCAUGCGCUUUGCCCUUCGACAUAUUCCAUGGCGAAACGGAUUACAACUGCCGAGCUAUGAAAACCGUUGCCAGCUAAUACAGCUCGAUACACUCAGCAUUCGGUGGAACUGCUCUCGAGCCCUGUUCGCCUCCGACUUACUGUCUGCCAGAGUGGAUUGUACUACAAUUCUAUAACGCCUGAAUCUUUAGGCCCGCAUUCAAACACUGCGUACUAACUCUCUUCUGCGACUACCUUCUUGUAUGUAAGUUCUGUUUCUGUCCGGGCCCUACUGGGCGGCCAUUUUUUAACAGCCAACAUCUGCCAUUGCAAAAAUCAAAACAGCCCAAUGCAAAGGCAUGGACUAGGCCCGCAAGGUUCACUUGCAUGGCUACUUUGAAGCCUGUACACAUCGCUAGUUAUCCUCCAGUAAAAGUUAUGCUAAGACGCCAUCUUGAGCCAGCGAAACUGUCAAAUUCUUGAGCCAAUUCAGCUAUCUAUUUCUUUUUAGGAGUACUGCUAGAUUUUAACAAUGGGAAAAAAGUGACAGCACUGCCCAAUCACUUGGAAGUGAUUUUGUAUUCGUCCAAUAGUUUUCAAAAUAUUGCAGUAACAUAUAGUAUAUUUAACAGGAAAUCGAAGAUAAUCGCUCAGUAAGUCGUUUCUUCUGUUGUGUUAUCCCAGUCAAAAAGGGCAAGUUGCUGGCUAACGGGGGGCUAUUUGCCAACUCGGAUGCGCUAAUUGCCCUUCAAUUUGCCAGCAAAUUGCUGGCGAAUAGGGGGCUAUUUCAAAAGCAACAUUUGGACGAUUUGUCGCCGUCAUUUUUUUGCCGCCCUACCCGCCUUUAAAUCGCUCACGGAACGCGCCCUUUGUUGCCUAAUAUGAAAAUUACACAUAAUAUUUAUUUUCGGAUUCAUUAUCUACUCACAGAAACACCACCAAACUAUACGAAGAAUCAAUGGUGAAAAUGAUAUUGAACACCAAAACAUACCACAAUCGGAUGUUCAUUAAAAUUUUAGGUCAGAGAUCUUGUUCUAUUAUACUUACACACGAUUCCACAAUUUCCCACAUUCGUUGGCUUAGUGAAGUGCACGAAACAAACAAAAUUCAAGCGAGAACAUGCCAAUUUGUAAAAAAAAAAAAACAAUUUAAGCUUAAGCCAAACAUGAACCGCCGUGUUGGAAAAACGCGAAAAACAACCAAGUCCAUUUCAGCCGCCAGAAAAAUUGUCUAAGUCUCGAGUACUUUUUCAAAUGGACGUAAGUAACAAUGAGAGAUUCUCUUUGAGGUCUUUCUCUUCUGUUCAUUACUCGGCCAUUUCAACAUUUACUACUCUACUCUUUGCAUAAUAUUGUAGUAAAAACCGUCGGCUUUCGAUAUGUACUGGAAAAUUAGUACAAAGUGUUGUAAUGACGCCGUAAUAAACGAAAGAGAAAGUAAACAAAGAGAGGCUCUCAAUGUUACUUACGUCCAUUU